UGUGAAGCGAUUCGGUUACAUUGUGAGCAAGAAUCAGAACAAGGAAGCAGAGAAUCCAAGUUUUGCUGACCUGACAUUAUGUCUCUUGGAAGUAAUAAUAUCUCAGCUCGACUUAAAAGAUAAUAUUCGUGCAUCUGCUGUCUGCAAAACAUGGCGCGAAGCCGGUCUAUAUGUCCGGAAGGUAGACAAGCCUCCUUGGCUUAUGUACUUACCAAAACGUGGAAACUUGUUCGAACUCUAUGAUCCAUUGCAGCAGAAGAUGUACACACUGAAUUUACCCCAGUUAGCUAAAUCCACGGUGUGUUACUCAAGAGAUGGAUGGUUACUAAUGCGCAAACCCACUUCAAACGAAAUGUUCUUCUUCAACCCGUUUACUCGUAAGCUCAUUAACUUACCAAAAUAUGCGUUAUCAUAUGAUGCAAUCGCUUUCUCUUGCGCACCUACAUCAGGUACUUGCGUAUUGCUGGCUUUUAAGCAUGUUAGGUAUGGUGUGGUCACUGCAAGCACUUGUCAUCCUGAAGCACCUGAAUGGGUUACUGAGGAUUUAUAUUUCCAUCUUAGCUAUGGCAGUGAUAUACUUAAGCACAGCAAUAUUGUCUAUGCCAAACGUCGGUUCUAUUGCCUUGAUGGUAAAGGAAGCUUAUAUUACUUUGAACCUUCCUCUCGGGAAUGGCGUUAUAGUUAUUUAUUUUCACGGCAAUGUCCCUACUUAUAUAACUACCAAUAUGAGCGGAAGAAGAAGAGAAUUUUCUUGGCUGUGCGGAAAGGAGUGUUCUUCAAGAUGUUUACAUGCGGUGGUGAGAAACCGAUUGUGUACAAAUUAGACGGUUUCCAUUGGGAGGAGAUCAAUAGUGGUACAAUUGAUGGAUUGACAAUAUUUACGAGCCUUUAUUCCUCUGAGAUGAGACUCAAUCUCCCAUGGAUGAGGAACAGUGUUUACUUUCCGAGGCUUCGGUUUAAUGUCAAGCGUUGUGUAUCGUAUUCGUUUGAUGAAGAGAGGUAUUAUCCGCGUAAGCAGUGGCAAGAACAGGAGGAUUUAUGUCCUCUUGAGAAUCUUUGGAUCAGGCCACCGAAGAAAGCUUUAGACUACAUGUGAAGAUUAAAAAAAAAAAACAAAUGGGAAAGCUUUUCCAACACCUUAGGUUACGGUGGAACCGUGGAAGAGUAAG